AUGGUUAGCAAGAGGUGGAAGCUGUCGCACCUGACCGCGUUCUCCCACGCCCAGGAGCACCUGCGGGUCCAGACUAUCCAUGGCGCUAUAGUCACCAUCAUCGGCGUGUGUGUCGCGCUGGUGCUGUUCAUCUCGGAGGUGCAGCAGUGCAUGGUGGUCAAGCGGGUGCAGGACAUGCGGGUGGACACGUCUCGGCGGGAGGAGCUGCACGUCUCCUUCAACGUCACCUUCCCGGCGCUGCCCUGCGAAGCGCUGCUCAUGGACGCGGGAGACGUGUCGGGCAAGUGGCAGACGGAGAGCCGCAUGAAGGUGGCCAAGAACGGCGAGGUGCACAAGCACUCUGUGGACAUCAGCGGGCGAUGGCUGCGCCUGGCUGAGUACACCGCGCCAUCCGAGGGCGAGUGGGACAACCCCUUUGAGAUGAACGAGAUUGGCGCGGCGCUGAAGCGCCACGAGGGCUGCAACAUCCACGGCUGGCUGGAGGUUCAGCGCGUGGCGGGCAACGUCCACUUUGCGGUGCGCCCCGAGGCGCUGUUUCUGUCCAUGAACGCAGAAGCAAUCAUGCAGCUGCACCCCGAUGCCUCCAAGCUCAACAUCAGCCACGCCAACCCUCUGGAGGGCGUGGCGCAGAUCGACCGCACUGCCACCGGAAUCGACAAGUACUUUGUCAAAGUGGUCCCCACCGACUUCUACACCCUGUGGGGCCGCAAGACGCACACGUACCAGUACAGCGUGACCGAGUACUACCACCAGUUCCGGGGCGGCGAGGAGCAGCCUCCCGCAGUGUACCUGCUCUACGAUGCCAGCCCUAUCAUGGUUGACAUACGGGAGAUGCGGCCGGGGCUGCUGCGCCUGCUGGUGCGCGUGUGCGCGGUGGUGGGCGGCGCCUUUGCGCUCACAGGCCUGUUUGACAAGAUGGUGCACCGCGCUGUGGUGGCGGUGAAGCGGCACGCUGUGUGA